AUACAACACAAACAGAGAUAAACAAGGCAGAUAGAAAACUGUAGAAAACGUUAUUUACUUAUUUUGCACAAAUAUUUGAUCAUUGUGGAAAACAAGAUACUGCAAUCAUGUCUACGCGACCUGACGACCAUAGGAGAAAAUGGAACCGAGAGGAAUAUGAAAGGAUUGCACUUCAAAGACUCCAAGAUGAGAUUGCAGAAGAAGAAUUGGGGAUUCCUAAACAACCAGCAGUUAAAAGAGAAUUACUCAAACAAAGAGAUUAUAAAGUAGAUCUUGAAUCCAAAUUAGGAAAAAGUGUUGUCAUCAAUAAAAAUACACCGUCUUCUCAAACUGGAGGAUAUUACUGCAAUGUUUGCGACUGUGUUGUUAAAGAUUCCAUUAACUUUUUGGAUCAUAUUAAUGGGACAAAACAUCAACGAAAUCUGGGCAUGUCCAUGAAGAUAGAGCGAUCUACAUUGGACCAAGUUAAAGCGAGAUUUGCACAGAAUAAGAAAAAACUCGAGGAGAAGAAGAAAGAUUAUGAUUUGGAGCAAAGAGUAAAAGAACUUAAAGAAGAGGAAGAGAAGAUUAAAGAGUAUCGGAAGGAAAAGCGAAAGGAUAAAAAGAGGAAAAUUGAAGAAAUGGCCGACGAUGAUGCAGGGCCCUCGGAUGACAUGGCUGCAAUCAUGGGAUUUUCUGGUUUUGGUUCGAAAAAGAAGUGACAUACUGUCUCCGUCCAACAUUCAUGAACCAUUUUCGCUAUUUUCAAAGAGAAUGUUAUUUCUUUGAGAAAACUGGUGGCCAAUAUAACUUGAAGACAGUUAAAAACGGAUAAAUGAUAAACAGUUUUAAUUCCAAUCCUUGGAAUUGAAGAAGGUGAUUCGCGAUUUGUAAAGUAUUUUUUAUUUUUAUUAAUAUAUAUAUAAUUGUUCCGGGCUUCGUGUUUAUUCGAGACAGGAGAAAACAUUAUCAAUUACAAAUCCGACCAAAUAAGCAUAACAAAUCAAACAUGAGCUUACAAUAGUAAUUUAAUUAAAAUUAAUUAGUUAAUUAAGAUUAUUUGGGCACAAAUUUGGGAUGUAAAUAAUUUUAGUAUAUUCUCGAAAUGAUUAUAUGGUAAUAAAAUCCCUGUCAAGUUCUUUUACAAAAAUGCAGGACUUUAUACUCGACUGGUAUAAAAGAAGAAUAUACGUAUUAUAUGUGCA